AUGUACGGCUUCCUCUUUGCGCGCUGCUUGAACGGCGCCCCUCCCCAAACUUCCCCCCAACAACUUCGCUCUCCACAUCACUCUCGGAGAGACAGCACGCUAAUCGCAUAUUCUACAGCUCCUGAACAAGGACUUCUACCACACCAGCCCAGGUAUGCAGAACUCUUUAUCAAUUGUUUUCGUUGCUGUGAUGUCGUUGUCGUCGCUGGUGAUGUUGUCCCUUUAAGCUUACGCGCUGACCAACUCAAUUGCACCACAGCCAGUCUCGAGGUCAAGUCCAAGGCCCCCAAUGGCGUUACCUUCAAUGUGAAGGGAAAGUCUGCCCAUGAGGGCUCCAUUGCUGGAUCCCGCCUCACUCUCACCCAGAUGUGGACCACCGGAAACGCCCUUGACACCAAGCUCGAGCUCGACAACAACAUCACCAAGGGCCUCAAGGCCGAGGUUCUCACACAGUAUAUCCCUUACUCCCAGUCCAAGGGUGCCAAGUUGAAUCUCCACUUCAAGCAGCCAAACUUGCACACCCGUGCCUUCUUUGACCUCCUCAAGGGCCCAACUGCCAACUUCGACGCCGUCCUCGGCCACGAGGGCUUCCUCGUCGGUGCCGAGGGUGGUUAUGAUGUCCAGAAGGCUGCCAUCACCAAGUACUCUGCUGCCGUCGCCUACUCUCUUCCAGAGUACUCUGCCGCCAUCACCGCCUCCAACAACCUCUCUGUCUUCGCUGCCAGCUACUACCACCGCGUCAACGCCCAGGUCGAGGCUGGUGCCAAGGCCACCUGGGACUCCAAGUCCGGAAACACCGUUGGCCUCGAGGUUGCCAGCAAGUACAGACUUGACCCAUCCUCCUUCGCCAAGGCUAAGAUCAACGACCGCGGUAUUGCCGCCCUCGCCUACAACGUCCUUCUUCGCCCAGGUGUCACCCUCGGCCUCGGAGCUUCCUUCGAUACCCAGAACCUUAACCAGGCCGCCCACAAGGUUGGCGCCAGCUUCACCUUCGAGGGUUAAAUUAGUGCUAUCCACCGUAGCACUACUUAACCUGUUAACCCAUAACCUGCUAAUAGGAACAUACCGAAUGCUUUGUCUUCUAGCGUUCCCCUGUACUAUCUCAGAACUAUGCGUUUCCUCUUGAUAUAUUAAAGUUCUAUAGCCAAAUAAACUAUUUGUCUUCAC